UACCACAUGAGGACAGGCACGUAGCCACAAAACGCGUUCACAGCAGGUUUGUCCCUCCCCGGCAUUCGUCGCAGCGGAAGAGGCGGAGCUAUCUAUCCCUAUUUCCGCCCGGUCUCGUCUCAUUCGGGAAGGACACAGCGCCCGCUGCGGAGCCAAUAAAACGUCACCAUGUCACAAACUCUUCUGUCCAAGCCUCAGAUGAGGGGCCUCCUGGCCAAGCGUCUACGAUUUCACAUCGCUGGAGCCUUCGUCUUUUCAUUAAGCAUUGUCGCAUUAUACAAGUUUGGUGUGGCUGAACCAAGGAAACGGGCAUAUGCCAACUUCUACAAGAACUACGAUGCAAAGAAGGAAUUUGAGGCAAUGAGGGAUGCUGGAAUCUUCCAGGGCGUGAGUCCCAAAUGAGACCAAAUUUCAGGAAGAUCCUUCACCCCCCCCGUAAUCUCCCUCCAUGUGGAUUCUGUGCUGGACAUAACUUGAUGUACCACAAUUUAAAUACCAGUGAGGAUGAAUGCCACAGGACUGGUUUUUACAAUUCUCUGUAAAUGUACUUAAAUAUAUUACUUAAAACUG